UGUCGGAACACACACCAGGUAAUGGAGCUUCAGGAACAUUUUGUCACUGAUGUGUGAGCAGAAGUGCUGUCGCCCAUUCUCGCUACCUUGAAACUGGCUGAAAGUCUGGCAACUGCAUGGAAAUGGAGUGUCAGUGUGAAAAGGACAACUACGAGGACUCGGGCUGGUGGCUGAGCAGCAACAGCGUCCAGAUGGGAGCGUUUUCUGUGGUGGGGUAUCUCCUCUACAGAUUCUCACAGACGCUGCCGGCUCUGAUCCGAUGGCCGAUUCGUCUCCUCUGCUCUAUAACUGGUCUGUCAGCUCUUUGGAGCUGGGUGAGCCGCCUCGUGGGAACACUGCGUGGAAUCCAGAGCCUGUUUAAAUGGCUGUCUCGAGUGUGGCGGUUUAUCGAAGCAUUUCUCUCCAAGGUCAAAGCCAUCACAGGCUCAUCCAGAGAUGGAGCGCUGGAGUCAAAGACCAAUCCAACCAGCAUACUGGACCUGUCCAGUGACCCCUCCGACAGCAGCAGUCCCAACAAGCCAGGCCUGAGGCUGAUCCUCCUUGGGCCCACCGGUGGAGGACGGACCUCCCUGGCAGACACUUUGUUGGGCAACACAGAGACAAGGGCGUCCGUGGGUCCUCUGAUGGAAAGCACCAAGCGAAGGGCAGUAGUGGACGGCAGAGAGGUUACAGUGAUCGACACCCCGGAUCUCGUGGGGCUCUCACUGGGAAACAACAGGAGAGCAAGGGAAGCUUUACGGAGCCUUCAGCUUGUCAGUCCUGGACCACAUGCCUUUCUGGUGGUGAUCCGGGCUCCGGGCUCCAGCAUGGGGAUCGACCAGGAUGCUACCCAGGCAAUCCGAGCAACCGUGGAACUGUUCGGAGAAGGGGUCAUGGGGUACAUCAUCCCAGUGCUCACCCAUGCAGACCGCCUGGGUCGAAGGGGGACUGUAGACCAGCUGCUGGAUGUGGACACAGGGGAUCUGAGAAGGGCUGUGUGUCUGUGCAGCCAGAGGCCUGAGCUGGUGGACAACAGGCCAGAUUGCCCCCCAGAGGCACAAAGUGCAGUGCGUAGGCAGCUGGUGGGGCGGGUGACGGAGACGAAGGAACUGAGGGGGCAUUUCGUCCACGAGCUGCAGAGGAGGGAGGACGGCGUGAGAGAGGAGCUGCUAACUGACAUGGCCUCUGCACUGGCUAGAAAACUGGGACACAUGUAAAUAUGAGACGGAGGGAGAAUGAGUUAAUGUUGUUGGUGUGUUUCUGUGGCUGGGGCAGUGAAAAAAUAAGGAGGCAGGAUUCAUUCAUGUGUUAAACAUGCAAUUUUGACUUUAAGUGCAAGGAUGAAUCUCUGCCAGAGGUAUUUUUGUCAGUCUGCUGGUUUACCACUGUCCAAAUGAAUUUACUACUGGUGGUGGCCUUUUGGUUUUCAAUGUGCUGCAGAUGCUUUUGGUUAGAUAUCAUGGUCACACUAACUUAAUUUUCCUAUUUUGAUGUGUGUUGUAAUUCUUCAGUGUCUGUAUAUUCUUUUGUAUGGGACUGUGCCUCAUGUUUUCAUACUGUGCUCCAGUGCUUAGCCCUCCUCUGUCUUCUAUAAUUUAUCAGAGAUAUCAAACUUUAAAGAUGAU